GCCGGGGCCGCGGCGCGGAGCCGGAAGGAGGAGGCGCGGGGACCGGAGCCGGAGCCGGAGCCGGAUCCGCAGCCGCAGCGGCCACCGCGGCCAGACAUGGCCGAGACGUACGAUUUCCUUUUCAAGUUCCUGGUCAUCGGCAGCGCCGGCACCGGCAAGUCAUGCCUCCUCCACCAGUUUAUCGAGAACAAAUUCAAGCAGGAUUCCAAUCACACCAUCGGCGUGGAGUUCGGCUCCAGGGUGGUCAACGUGGGGGGGAAGACGGUGAAACUGCAGAUCUGGGACACGGCCGGCCAGGAGCGCUUCAGGUCAGUGACGAGAAGUUACUAUCGGGGAGCGGCCGGAGCGCUGCUGGUCUAUGAUAUUACCAGUCGGGAAACCUACAAUUCCCUGACCAACUGGCUCACGGAUGCACGGACACUGGCCAGCCCCAACAUCGUGGUCAUCCUGUGUGGGAACAAGAAGGACUUGGACUCAGAGCGGGAGGUCACCUUCCUGGAGGCCUCCCGAUUUGCCCAGGAGAAUGAGCUGAUGUUCCUGGAGACCAGUGCCCUAACAGGCGAGAAUGUAGAAGAAGCCUUUCUCAAGUGUGCCCGAACCAUCCUGAAUAAGAUUGACUCGGGUGAACUGGACCCAGAGAGGAUGGGUUCGGGCAUCCAGUAUGGCGACGCCUCCUUACGCCAGCUUCGCCAGCCCCGGGGUACUCAGGCCCAGAGCAGACAGCAGUGUGGCUGCUGACUUUCCUCCCUCCCUUGUGGCUUUGAGGGUUGGACAUUCGCCUCCACUCCGGGACGCCAGAGAGAAGCUGUGGAAUGGGGACCUGGGGACCAGCCGUAUCCAACACCUUUUUCCCAUUCUAUUCCCUUUCUUUGCCUGGUUUGGCCCACAGCCCUCCCCCUCCCAUCCUGCCCGAGUUUCUCUGAGAGGGGCAUUAAGCACAGAGUGGGCUCCUUCUGUACUCCGGGGGGGGGGACUGGGAGGGACCCUUGUCUGAGCCAUUGGGGGCGGAGCUAGGGGGAAUGCUCCCCCCACCCCCAUCUACAACCCUGAGCCUUGGGGUGGCUAUACCUGGCUUGUCACCAACCUUAUGACCUUUUUCAUUAUCCAAACUCUGGGACCAGGGGCUUGAGCCCCUGCCAGUCUCUACCCUCCCAGAACUCCCAGGGCCCUGCUGACCCUUGUAAAUGGUAUUUAUUAGACUGGGGGGGCAUUAAGGUGGGGAGGGGACCAUCAUUGAGUCUGUUUCCACAUAUACACGCACACACACUAUAUAUAUUGAUAUAUAAAAUGAUGUUUUUUUUUCCAA